UCUUGGCCUUCCUUGUUAGGAGACAUGUUAGCAGAUGCCAUAAACUGCUUAGGAUUUACAUGGGCCUCCAGCCCAGCAUGUACAGAGUUAGAAAUGAAUGUGAUGGAUUGGUUGGCAAAAAUGCUAGGCCUUCCUUGCCAUUUUCUACACCAUUAUCCAGAGAGCAAAGGAGGAGGAGUGCUGCAAAGCACUGUAAGUGAAUCAACACUGAUAGCUUUAUUGGCUGCCAGGAAGGAUAAAAUCAUACAAAUGAAAAUCUCUGAGCCUGAUUCUGAUGACUCAAGCCUGAACUCCCGGCUCAUUGCAUAU